AUGUUAACGAAGGUUUUUACUGUCUCUGCCCACCCGGAUUUGGUGGAGACCGAUGCGAGGAGGACUUUGAUGAGUGCCGCAACAAUCCGUGGUGAGGCAUUCUUUCUCAUGCCAACUCCUUACUUGCUGCCAGCAAUGUGCUUGCUGAGUGCUGCUGCUGCUGCUGCUGCUUGUGGUGAUGAUGAUGAUGCUAUGUUGACAUCAGCAAAAGUUGGAAAUUUUGAAGUUGGUUUUUUGGGAUUAUGA